UACUAAAAAGUGACAAAGUCAUCUAUGUUUAAUACGGUAAAAAAUAUUAAUUUUUAUUUGUAAUAUAUUUAAUAUAAUGAACACUUUUGCAGAUUUAACUAAACAAAUACAUUUAAUUAACGACCUGAUAUUAUCUGAUAUGAUUUAUGAAGACAAAGGAACUAACGAGGCGCUAAGCUUUAGCAAGCACCUGCUGUCGACGAAAUACUGGUUUGCCAGGAUAUCUUGCGCGAAUAAGAAACGAUACGUCCUGGCACUUUUAGAAGAUGUACGAAGCGCAUGGACACUCUCGUUACUUCUGAAGUCGAUAUGGAACUGUCGCCCAAAGGACGCGGUUAUGUCUGUUACCGUCCGCAAUGCGUGGAGCAGUUACGACCAAGUGCCAUUGGAUCACAACAGAACAGCUCAACCGGCACCCACUCUUGCCCAGGUCAUGAAGUACGAUCGCGUUUGGUUUCUCACACUUGACUCACAAGCACAAGCGGUAGUUCUUUCCGAGUUGCUUAAUGUGUCCGGAGGGCCUGUUAUGUGGGAUGUAUUGAAACGAGCACAGUUUCUUCAUGAGCGGUAUCGCACAGAUCAGCUACAGAGUUUGCAGGAGUGUAUAUUGGUCGAUGACCGUCCACCUGAGGAAGGGCACCAGAAAUCAUUGCCAGAAAAGGGUAAAAAAGAACAGCAGAAUGCCCAGAAACUCGAGACCUUUAAUGACUUAGAGAAAGGUACAUCACCUGAACAGAUGAAAGAGGCCCCGAGACCUGGUCAAGCCCAGAAAGAACUAGAAGCUAAUUUAACUGCGUGGAAUGCAACAAUAAAAUCAAUGCGUGAUAAUUUAAAAUUAGAAGAAAUAGAAAUGACUUACAAUGAUGGAACAAAGAGAAAAAUUUGGAAGGUGAAUCGUUCUAAGCCUGAAGGGAUAGAAACUGUCGAUUUUGUUCAACUUCUACCAUCUUCAAUAGGCAAAAGAAUCAUUUCAUAUUUGCCUCGCUCUCAGCUAGCCGAUUAUGCUCGUGUCAACAAAUACUGGGCAUACUUGAUUGAGGAUUACCGUGCUGAACUUGCUGCUAGGCAGAAAUUAAAAGCAGAUCUAGAAAAGCUAGAGGAUCUGAUGAUACGCCACGACACAAGUAUAGAAAUUUUGGCCCAAAUUGGAUUUCAACCAACAGGCCCAAGUUCGCAAGGUGUCACUAGCACCGGCCCGUCAAUGAAGACUAGGACAAUACAGCGAAGUUUGAGAGCCAGUGAGAAAUCUACCGGUGCCUUUUCGUUCAGACAUUUCUUGUCUAAUAAACUGAACAAACCAAUUAUGGCACCAAAACCUAUAAAGAAUAUGGCUGAGCUAACAGAACGAUUGGAAAGAAGAGGUGCUGCAGACGAGAAUAUGUGGAAAUGGUGCGAGAACCUUCUUCAACUUAAUAAGAAUCGUAAGAAAAACAAAGGACUAGAUGAGGGCAUACUAUCACUUGGUGGCAUGCAUUUUCCUUGUCCCCUAAUGAAGGAAAAAUUAGAAAUACCACUGGAGCCGCCACUUUUUAAAGAUCCAGCUGCAUCUGGGUCUGCUAAGCCGAGGAAAAACAUCUCCAAUGCGACUGUGAUGAAUUUCUCAAAGGAACAUGAUGUGAAACGCUACAGUCUCUGGACGAAAGAUUUUUCUAGUCUCUACCCAGUUUUCAAAAUACCUUCUUACCAGUUACCGAUAUGAAAAAAAUUAUAACCGAUAAGUUGUUUGUGGUAUAAUUUAAAAUAGUUUAGAUUUCCU